UACAGUUGUCUUUCCCUAUGCUCACCUCUUUCCCGGAAGCCCAUUACCACUUUCCUUUUCUACAAAUCCCCUAUAUAUACAUGUAUCUAUCUCCUACAAUAAUCAUUCAGUCUCACUUCUAUCUGCAAUACAUACAAGUCUUCUUAUUCUAUAUAUAUAAUGGCAGCAACAAACAGUGCAUUCCAGUUUGAAGAUUCGUUGCCGAUCAUGGCUGAGAAGCUCGGUGGGGAUGGUUUGAUUGGCGAAUUAUGUAAUGGGUUUCAGUUAUUAAUGGACGUUGACAAAAGGGUCAUCACUUUCGACAGCCUCAAGCGAAACGCCGCCGUUUUGGGCUUACAAGACUUCAAGGAUGAGGAUUUGAUGAGUAUGUUGAAAGAAGGUGAUUUUGACGGGGAUGGUGCUUUGAAUCAGAUGGAGUUUUGUGUUCUUAUGUUUAGAUUAAGCCCUGAGUUGAUGGAGCAGUCUCAGUUUUUAUUAGAAGAUGCUCUUCAACAAGAAUUUAAUCAAUUUGUUUGAGCUUGUAAGAUUCUUUGUAUUUCAUGUUCAUAAUAUUGUAAUUUAUAUAAAAAAUUCUUGAGGUUUAUGGAA